AUGAUGGCCAUGAACGCCAAGCAGCCUUUCGGCAUGCACCCAGUGCUGCAAGAACCCAAAUUCUCCAGCCUGCACUCUGGCUCCGAGGCCAUGCGCCGAGUCUGUCUCCCAGCCCCGCAGCUGCAGGGUAAUAUAUUUGGAAGCUUUGAUGAGAGCCUGCUGGCACGCGCCGAAGCUCUGGCGGCGGUGGAUAUCGUCUCCCACGGCAAGAAUCAUCCGUUCAAGCCCGACGCCACCUAUCAUACCAUGAGCAGCGUGCCCUGCACGUCCACUUCUUCCACCGUGCCCAUCUCCCACCCGGCCGCCCUCACCUCGCACCCGCACCACGCUGUCCACCAGGGCCUCGAAGGCGACCUGCUGGAGCACAUCUCACCGACGCUGAGCGUGAGCGGCCUGGGCGCCCCGGAGCACUCGGUGAUGCCCGCGCAGAUCCACCCGCACCACCUGGGCGCCAUGGGCCACCUGCACCAAGCCAUGGGCAUGAGUCACCCGCACGCCGUGGCGCCGCAUAGCGCCAUGCCCGCAUGCCUCAGCGACGUGGAGUCAGACCCUCGCGAGCUAGAGGCCUUUGCGGAGCGCUUCAAGCAACGGCGCAUCAAGUUGGGAGUGACCCAGGCGGACGUGGGCGCGGCUCUGGCCAAUCUCAAGAUCCCCGGCGUGGGCUCGCUCAGCCAGAGCACCAUCUGCAGGUUCGAGUCUCUCACCCUUUCGCAUAACAACAUGAUCGCGCUCAAGCCGGUGCUGCAGGCCUGGCUGGAGGAGGCCGAGGCCGCAUACCGAGAGAAGAACAGCAAGCCGGAGCUCUUCAACGGCAGUGAGCGAAAGCGCAAACGCACGUCCAUAGCCGCGCCGGAGAAGCGCUCACUAGAGGCCUACUUCGCCAUUCAGCCACGUCCUUCAUCCGAGAAGAUCGCGGCCAUCGCGGAGAAACUGGACCUUAAAAAGAACGUGGUGAGGGUCUGGUUCUGUAACCAGAGACAGAAACAGAAACGAAUGAAGUACUCGGCUGUCCAUUGACUGCAGCGGGGCGCAGCGUCGGGAGCCGGCAGAGUCUAGCGCGCAUCGCCCCCUUCCGAUGGGAGGGACGGUUAUGGGGAAGGUGUUUCCUAGCAGGUCAGGCUCUCUCUCCCGAAGCCACAGACUUUCCCCGGUAUCUCACCUAGUUGCUUCCCCCGUCUUCUCCUUCUCUUUUAUUCCUUUCUAUUCUCACCAAGAAAGUUUUGGCACUCAGAAAAAGAAUUCAAGAAGGGUGAGCCCGGAGGGACUUUUGUGCUGUCCGUGGUGCUGAAACGCGCCCUCGAGUGCCUCGGGGCAGGAGCCACAGAUCCCGAGGCCGGGGAAUUGAGCCCGCCGCCCGACGCCAGGGUGAAAGCGCCACUUUGCGAGGGCGAUUAGGCAAGGGGUGAAGCAGUGGAAAGGAUGCGAUAAUAGUAAUAUAAAGUCUAGGAUAUCUAAGCAGAACACAAACAUGUACUGGAGAUUUAUUAGAGUAUAUAAAAUACACGUAUGUUUCCAAAGGAUAGCCUUAUACUCCCUUCACCUAAAUUCUACCCAUCGUAUCCUUUGGUUUGUCAUAAAUUCUCAUAAAUAGUAUUGAUUAGGUUCAGGGCAAGUGUACGGAGAGUUAGGGACACUGAGUUGUUUGGGGGUAAGUAAGGGCCCAGAAAAGAAGCAUUCAGUUCAGUGACUGAAAAAGUUGGGGAUCACUAAGGUAUUAGCAAGCAGCAGCCAAUAUCAGCUCUGGCCAUUCUUCCAAACCUGAUGGAUUUUGCGUGUUAAUUACCUCCCGGUGGAGAGCAGGGGUUGGUAGAGUUCAGGAUCCUCCCUGCCGAGGAUUCUCCCACCUCGGUUCACUGUUCUUGCCUGACUGUCAGCCCAGUGCUUCAAAAGUGACUAACUUCUCCGAUUCGUAUGCAAGUCCUCCCAACACAUCUAACCUCAGUUGCUCUUUUAUUACUGUUGUUAGCAUCGUCAUUCAUUCCUAUUCUUUAUUUAACUCCGCUUCUUUCCUUCCCUUUCAUGUGAAUGUCUCUUGGUAGAGGUUCAUUUACAGUUUUGGCGGGAAGAAGAACUGGACCACCAACCUGGACCCUUCACAUACCAGCCCCUU